GGCCACGCCGAGGACGACAGCCGUGCGCCGCCGACGAAGGCUGCGCCCGCGACGGUGACGAUCAAGUUCAAGGUGACGAACGCGUCGUGCGAGCCGGAUCCGCCGAUGGAUCAUCUCGGGGACGAACGCGACGGUGACGACGAGAAGGGAUCCCGGACGGAGGACGUCAACCGAGAGAAGGGUGAGGGCGGCGGAGGUGUUCCGGAAGACGGGGAGAAGGUCGAGGGUGACGGCGGGGAAGGCGGAGAAGGGGUGCCCGAGGAAGGGGUGCCCGAGGAAGGGGAGGCCGAGCCCGAACCCGAGGCCGAGGCUGACGAAUCGGAGUUUUUCGUGCGGUUCAGCGUGGCGCCCGCCGCCGGCGACGACGACGACGACGCCGGUACCUUCGCGAUCCCGAGAAGACGACGAACUCCGCCCGAGCCCGAGGGCGGCGAGGGCGGCGGCGAGGGUGCCGAGGGUGCCGAGGGUGCCGAGGGCGGAGAGGGCGACGCCGGAGAGGGCGACGCCGGAGAGGCGACUGACGAGGUCGCCGCCGCCGCCGCCGCCGUCGUCGAGGAGGACCCGGACGACCCGGACACCACCUUCUACGCCGACCUACCCCUGACCGUCGCGACGCGGGACCUGUUGCACCGCGGGGUGACCUUCGAGAUGUGCAAGGUGGAGAUGGUCCCGAGGGUUGACGACUCGCCGAAGGAGCCGAGGGAGGACGCCGACGCCGGGGGCGACGCGGAGGGUGCCGAGGGGCAACCCGAGGGGCAAUCCGAGGGGCCAUCCGAGGGGCAAUCCGAGCUCGUCGAGCGCGUCACCGUCGUGGGCGUCGCCGUCGUCAGGCUCGGGUCGCUCCUCUCCGGCGUCUCCCGGGAGUGGAGCGGCGAAGUCGACUUUACGAGAGUGGCGCCGAUGUAUCGAAAGACGCCCGUCGGGGAGGUGCUCGUGGCGUUGGGCGGGGACGGGUCGGGCGCGGGGGAACGCGCGGGACGGGCGACGGUGACGUGCGUGAUGCACGCGACGAGGCCCGUCGUCGAAGGGGACGGCGGAGGUGAGGAGGGCGAGGAGACCGCGGCGGAGGAGUAGAGGCUUGCGACGAGUCGGUUGAAAUUUUCACGGGAUAACAACCGAGUUUUUUUUGUC